UAGCCCGUAGUAGCGUCACGCGGGCAGCUCGAGCAGCGGAAAUUGCGUCGACAAGUUCAUCGCGUGUGGGUCAGUGUGAUAAAGCUCUGGGAAAAAAGUUUCAAGGUAGUCAACUUCAGUUUCUGACACAAGAGAAGUCCAGAAGGCUUAAACAUGUCAGCUCAAAUCAUCAGCGGAAAAGAAGUCUCAGCCCAGGUGCGAGAGAGGCUGAAGAAGGAAGUUGAAGAAAUGAAGACUCAGGACCCAAAUUUUAGACCAGGCUUGGUGGUGUUGCAGGUGGGAAACAGAGAUGACUCCAACCUGUACAUCAGCAUGAAGCUGAAAGCUGCUGCUGAGAUCGGGAUCCAUGCGACGCACAUGAGGCUUCCACAAACUGCUACUGAAGAAGAGGUCCUGCAGCGCAUCACAGAGGUCAAUGAGAACAGCAGUGUGCAUGGGCUUAUAGUGCAGCUGCCUUUGGACUCCAUUCACCGCAUCGACACUGAGAAGGUCACCAACGCUGUAGCUCCAGAGAAGGAUGUAGAUGGUUUGACUAGCAUUAAUGCGGGGAAGCUAGCCCGGGGUGACCUUGGAGACUGCUUCAUUCCCUGCACUCCCAAUGGCUGUAUGGAGCUCAUUAAGCAGACAGGUGUCUCCGUGGCAGGAAAAAGGGCUGUUGUGGUUGGCCGCAGUAAGAUCGUGGGUGCACCGAUGCAUGACCUCCUGCUCUGGAAUCAUGCCACUGUUACCACCUGUCACUCGAAAACUGCUGACCUGGCCGCUGAGGUGGGAAAGGCAGACAUCUUGGUGACCGGGAUUGGUAAAGCAGAGAUGGUGAAAGGCGAGUGGGUGAAGAAGGGUGCUGUAGUCAUCGACUGCGGCAUCAACCAUGUUCCAGACAGCACCAAGUCAAGUGGAAAGCGGGUUGUAGGUGAUGUUCACUUUCCCACUGCCAAAGAGCAAGCAGCCUUCAUCACUCCCGUACCAGGUGGAGUCGGUCCCAUGACCGUCGCCAUGCUCAUGCAGAACACUGUACUGAGUGCCAAGCGCUUCCUUCAAGCACAUGAACCUGGCAAAUGGAACAUCUCUUAUACCAAGCUCAACCUGCAGAGACCUGUCCCUAGUGAUAUCGUUAUCUCCCGCUCUGGUAUACCCAAGCCCAUUGACCGUCUGGCCAGAGAGAUCGGGCUGCUCUCAGAUGAAGUCGAGCUCUAUGGCAAGACCAAGGCUAAAGUCCAGUUGGAAACGAUCAAUCGAUUGAAGUCCCAGGCUGAUGGCAAAUACGUGGUUGUUACUGGAAUCACUCCUACUCCUCUGGGUGAGGGGAAAAGCACCACUACAAUCGGGUUAGUGCAGGCUCUUGGCGCUCACCUCAAACGCAACGUGUUCGCCUGCGUGCGCCAGCCGUCUCAAGGCCCCACGUUUGGCAUCAAAGGUGGUGCGGCUGGAGGAGGCUAUUCUCAGGUCAUUCCCAUGGAAGAGUUUAAUCUUCAUCUCACUGGAGAUAUCCAUGCCAUCACUGCUGCAAACAACCUGGUGGCUGCUGCUAUCGAUGCUCGCAUGUUUCACGAAGCUACUCAGUCUGAUAAGGCCCUCUAUAACCGCCUGGUGCCACUGAGUGGAGGCCAGAGAACAUUUUCCCCAGUGCAGAUCAACCGUCUCAAAAAACUUGGCAUUGAGAGAACCGAUCCAUCUGCACUAACGGAGGAAGAGAUCACUCGCUUUGCCAGGCUGGACAUCGACCCUGAAUCGAUCACCUGGCAAAGAGUAUUGGACACAAAUGAUCGAUUCCUCCGGAAGAUCACCAUUGGCCAGAACCCUACGGAGAAGGGCUAUACCAGAACCGCUCAGUUUGACAUCACAGUGGCCAGUGAGAUCAUGGCUGUGUUGGCUCUCACCAGUAGUCUGGAGGACAUGAGGCAGAGGCUGGCUAAGAUGGUGGUGGCAACCAGUCGCAGUGGCGAACCCAUCACCACAGAAGACCUGGGGGUGUGUGGAGCACUGACUGUGCUAAUGAGAGAUGCCAUCAAACCCAACCUUAUGCAGACCCUAGAGGGAAACCCAGUGUUUGUUCACGCCGGGCCUUUCGCCAACAUCGCCCAUGGGAACUCCUCCAUCCUGGCUGAUAAAAUCGCUCUGAAGCUUGUAGGGCCUGAAGGAUUUGUAGUAACUGAGGCAGGCUUUGGUGCAGACAUCGGCAUGGAGAAGUUCUUCAACAUCAAGUGUCGUUACUCCGGGCUGCGGCCUCACGUGGUGGUGCUGGUGGCCACAGUGAGGGCACUGAAGAUGCACGGGGGCGGACCAACGGUCACAGCUGGCAUGCCUCUACCAAAGGAAUACAUAGAAGAGAACCUGGAGCUGGUGGAGAAAGGCUGCAACAACUUGCACAAGCAGAUCGAGAAUGCCAAGCACUUUGGAGUGCCAGUUGUUGUAGCAGUCAAUGCUUUCAAGACGGAUACUGAUGCUGAGCUGCAGCUGAUCUGUGAUCUGGCUAAACAGGCAGGAGCUUUUGACGCUGUGCCCUGCACUCACUGGGCAGAUGGGGGCGCUGGAGCCACAGAGUUGGGGAAAGCUGUGCAGAAAGCAGCAGACACACCCAGCAACUUCAGCUUCCUGUAUGAUACUGAGUUGCCCAUUGUCGAUAAAAUCAGAAUAAUUGCACAGAAGAUUUACGGAGCUGAUGAUGUCGAGCUCCUCCCAGAGGCCCAGCGUAAAGUGGAGCUGUAUACCAAACAGGGGUUUGGCAAUUUGCCAAUCUGCAUGGCAAAGACCCAUUUGUCUCUUUCUCACGAUGCUGAAAAGAAGGGUGUGCCCACCGGCUUUGUCCUACCUAUCCGUGAUAUUCGUGCGAGCGUCGGCGCUGGAUUUCUCUACCCGCUAGUUGGCACGAUGCCCACCAUUCCAGGCCUCCCAACUCGCCCCUGUUUCUAUGACAUCGAUCUGGACCCAGUGACCGGAGAAGUCAUCGGACUCUUCUAACAGACGCUGAACUGAAUCCCCAUUAGGCACACUUCUAAAUAAAUAACAUUUUGUAAUGCUUUAAUUGGGGAGAUCUAGGAGUAGAAUCAUUUCCUGAUCAUUUCACUUCAUAGUUUCAUGUUUGAUGUAAAUGGUCUUUGUAGUUGUUGAAUCAAUUUUACAGCUAGAGUCUUCUGCUAUGAAGAGAUGCUCUUAUAACUCUCAAAACCAAAAACAAAGCCUGAAAUAUAUUACAGUGUUUAAAAAAAAUAGGAACGGAGAUUCAGACCCCCACACCUAUUAGCCAAUUGGAUUCUUUUAUUUGUGUGUGGUGGGUGGAAUCAUUACAGCAUAUAAUCACUAAAACCCUCAAACUCUCUGGCUGUGCUUUUGAGUAAUUAUGUAUUUUCUGUACAGUUAGUUGACGCGUGGUUGAAAGCGUGAAAAACUAACAAAGUAGAUCAGUCACGACUUAGUCGUAUUAUCCUAAAAAAAUGGAUCAAAGUGCGGCAUUGCAAAUUAAAAAAAAUGAGCUUUCUCCAUUUAAUCUGGUUGAUUAUGGAGUUAUUUAUUCUGCCAUUUUGUUUUAUUCAUAAUGAAAGACUACUGGCAAUGUGUGUAAAAUUGCACAAUAGAAUUGAUCAGUAAACCUGUUGUUUACUAAAUAACAGACUAACAUGAUUCCAGAGCAUUCUUUACUAACGUAGAAACAGCAGUUUAUCCGCAAGCACUGAGAAUCAGAAUGGAUGAAAUGGUUAAGAAUUGUUUAAUCCUCUAUUUUUUUUUUUUUCUUACAUAUAGCAUUCCUUUCAUGAUACACUACACGAGAAAUGAGCCACUGUGUUAAUUCUGUUUUGUAAAUCAUUUUUGAACUGACAUUUUCAGUAAUGAACCUGGCUUAUGUAGGCUGGUUUAAAGCUGAGGACUGAAAUUUUUCCAAACAAACUCUUUCACAUGCAGUUUUGUAAUUAAAACAACUUUGAAAUUGUAAAGACUUUAUAAACUGUUCUGUCUUAAGCUUGAA